AUGAACUUGCCUAAUGGUAGUGUCAAGAGAUAUUUGAACACGCUGGAGAAGCUAUUUCCAAAUGAUUUGGAACAAGUGAAGGAAACAAUAAAAAACACUUACCUCACAUUUGUUCCUUCUUUGACUUCUAUCAAUGAAUUACGACGUACUUCCAUUCCAAUCAAUUUUCCUCUCUCACCAGCAGUAGUGGAUGCUCUUCAAAUUAUAUCCUCCUUUCUCAACACUUCAAACAUUCAAGAUACCGUGUUAAGAAAAGUAUUCAUGAUCAUUGGUGCCUUGUUAGGGGAUGGAUGGAAAGACAAUUGUGCACUCACACUCCAUUACACGGAAUCACAAUUGAGAGAUGAAAUUAUAUUGUUCAUGGAAAGUAUUGCAAAAAAGAAGGAUUGUCAAUGGUACUCUGUCAAGUAUUCUAAAAAACUGGAGAAUGGAGAAUGGGAAUAUCGAAAGAUGAAUUAUGGAGGUGGAAAGGUUCAAUAUUCUGAAGAGGAAAAAGAAAAGCUCAUUAAUCAGUGGAUUCAAGAAGGAUUUGCACCUGCUUGUUUUGAUAUUCACUUUCCCCAUACAUUAUUCAACAAUUUGAUGAAAGAAUUGGGAUUCUAUGUGCAUGAUCAAACGAAAGGAAAGUUAAUCAAAACCAUUCCAUCCUUUGUGUACGAAUUGCCCAUGAAAUAUGCAUCUCCCUUGUUGAAUGGUGCAAUAUAUUCUGAUGGUCAUAUGAGUCCAAGUCACCAGAGAAGAAUGUCCUUUACACAAGUAGAUCAAAUCAUCAUGAAUGCUGUCAUGUUUUUGGGAAUGAUUUGUGGUUAUCAUGUCUCUGGAGUUCCCAAAUGGUAUGAGGAUGAGGAGGUCAUUUACAACGAGUCCUAUUUUACAGGAUAUGCAAUUUUAGGAUUUGGUGCCCCAGAAUUGGAAAAGAAACAGUAUCCACAGGGGAAAACACCACCUCAAAGUGUGAGAGCAAGAGUGGAACUAAUUGCAGAGGUUGAGGAACCACAGGAAUUGUAUCAUUUCACAUUUUUAAAAGAUCAAGUGGAUACCAUUCACACUGCCAAUGGCCUCGUCUUGGUUCUUGGUCAGAAUUUUUACCAGUCACUGAAUGUUGGUGAUCAUCAUGUUUUGAGUUAUUCUUCAUGUGAAAAUGAUUAUUUGCAAGUAUUACCAGAGUCCAUUCAAAAAGUAAUUCACGCUGUGGAUUAUUUGAAAGGAAGAGCAGAGACGACUGAAUCGCCAAAGAUUGUCAUUACAACACCGUCAUCGAAAAAGAGUGGUGGUGGUGACGAUUCUCCACAGAAACUUCCAGACAAUAUUCAACCAAACAUUGAGAAGAAGGUGGCUCUCUCUUUCUCCUCUUCCAGCAAGAAGAAGAAGAAGAAGACAUUGAUUACCGACAGUGAUGAAGAUGUGAUUGUGACUACUGCGUCAUCUUCAUCCAAUCCAAGCAAGAGAGGAAACACUGUGGUGAGAUUGGAACAGGAUAAAAAGAAGAAGAAGACUUUGAUUACGGAUAGUGAUGACGAUGUGAUUGUGACUACUGCGUCAUCUUCUUCUUCUAAUAAGGAGAGUCGUUUUGGAAAGAAUACAAGUUCUUCUGUGGCACAAUCUUCCUCCAGCAAGAAGAACAAGAAUGUGACUCCAUUGACCUCUUCAAGUAAGCGUGAUCGUGCUGUCAAGCAAGAUACUGGUUUGUCUUCCUCUUCGAGCAAGAUCGCCAAUUCUUCUGAAAAGAGUCUAUCUUCCUCCAACAAGAAUGUUCAUUCUUCGUAUCUACCCUCAAGAAAUCCGAUCUUGAAAGGAAAUCAUGAAAAGUCCAAUCCAAGCAAGAGGGGUAACACUGUGGUGAGAUUGGAACAGGAUAAAAAGAAGAGAAGGAAGACUUUGAUUACGGACAGUGAUGAUGAUGAGCAGUAA